UCAGGUGUUAGGGGUCAGGUUAUGCUGAACAAUCAGGAAGUGUGGCACCGAGAGAUUUGAAACCACUCCUAUUAUUUGUACUACCCAAUAAUAAGUCUAUGAGUGACGGAUAUAGUAUACAGUGAAGAUGUGUGAGUAUGAACCAGUGGCGGUGGUUAUAGACAACGGCUCCGGUACCUGUAAGGUCGGCUUCGCGGGGGAGCCCGUGCCGCUGUCCGUCUUCCCGUCUGUUGUGGGGAGGCCAAGAGGUCUGGGUCUUAAAGAUUACAAGAUAAAAGACAACUACGUCGUCGGUGACGAAGCAAUACAGACAAGAGGUGUCCUGACCGUAAAGUACCCCGUCGAACACGGCAUUAUAACCAACUGGGACGAUAUGGAGAAGAUCUGGUACCACACCUUCUACAACGAGCUUAGCGUGGACCCUAAGAAACAUCCAGUCAUGUUGUCGGAAGCGCCCAUGAACCCUCUAGCCAACAGGGAGAAGAUGACACAGAUGAUGUUCGAGACGUUCAUCGUCCCCGCCAUGUACCUCCAAAGCCAGCCUGUCCUGUCCCUGUACGCCUCCGGCCGCACCACGGGGAUCGUGAUGGACUCCGGGGACGGCGUGACCCACACCGUGCCGAUCUACGAGGGGCACGCCCUGCCGCACGCCAUCCUGCAUCUUGCCCCGGCCGGGAGGGACCUGACAGACCAACUCAUGAGAUUUCUGAAUGAGAGGGGAUACAGCUUUACGACUACAAGCGACCGGGAGAUCGCUCGUGACAUCAAGGAAAAACUUUGCUACGUCACCCUGGACUUCGAGCAGGAGAUGGCCACGGCCGCCUCCAGUUCCAGUCUGGAGAAGAGCUACGAGCUGCCGGACGGACAGGUCAUCACCAUCGGUAACGAGAGGUUCCGCUGCCCAGAGGCUCUGUUUCAGCCAGAUCUAGCGGGUAUGGAGUCAACUGGUAUCCACGAGACCACGUACAACAGCAUCAUGAAGUGCGACAUCGACAUCCGUAAGGACCUGUACGCCAACACCGUGCUGUCCGGCGGCACCAGCAUGUUCCCCGGCAUCGCCGACCGUAUGCAGAAGGAGAUCACCGCCCUGGCACCCAGCACCAUGAAGAUCAAGAUCAUCGCUCCUCCCGAGAGGAAGCUCGCGGCCUGGCAAGGUGGCUCCGCUCUAGCGGCCUUGUCUACAUUCCAAGAGAUGUGGAUCAGUAAGGAAGAGUACGAUGAGUCCGGUCCGGCUAUCGUACAUCGUAAAUGUUUUUAGUUACGUUUUCGCUAG